AUGGUGCACCCUCUCGUCGGAAAGCCCGCUCCCGCGAUCUCUCUCCCCGCCGCGGACGGAGAGACCUACACGCUGACGCCGGGCGCGAAGGGCGUCCCUGUGGCGCUGUUCUUCUAUCCCAAGUCCGGCUCGUACGGCUGCACCAAGGAGGCAUGCCAGUUCCGCGAUGCGCUUGCAGAGAAGGACCUAUUCAAGCGGACGAAGGUCGAAAUCGUCGGCGUGAGCUCCGACGCCGUCGACAAGCAGAAGACGUUCGUGGAGAAGCAGAAGCUCACCUACCCGAUCUUGAGCGACCCGGACGGCGAGGCGCGCAAGGCGUACCACGUUGGAAAGGGCCUCUUCGGUCUCGCCGAGACCGCACGAGUGACGUUCUUCAUCGAUAGCAAGGGUACCGUGAGGGAUGUCCUCGACACGACCCUCAACUACUCUGCGCAUGUCAAGUUCGUCUCCAAAUGGCUCGACAAGCUCGAGGCAGAGGAGAAGAAGGCUGCUGAGGCACCCGCUGAUGCCGCUGCACCCGCUGCCGACACCGAGGGCACCGCGGCGAGUGCACCUACGGAAGGUGCCGGCGCCGCACCCGCGGAGACUCCGUCCAGUGGCGAGCUUGGUCGGGCUGCGCAAGCUGUCCAGGCCUGA